CUAGACCCCUGCACCUGACUGGAGGGCAGAAAGCUGAGCUCACUGCCCUGCAAGGAUAGGUUUGGCCGGUGGACCGGACCGGGCUCCUGGCUCGGCAGGUCCGCCCCUCACCCCUGACGCGGGGCAGCAGCCAUGAGCCUGGUGGCCUGUGAGUGCCCGGCCAGCCCUGGCCCGGAGCCCGAGCCCUGCUCUCGACCUCGGUCCCAGGCUCGCGAGUACCUGGAACAGAUUCGCAGCCGGGUGGCUCCGGGAGCAGCUGACGUGACCAAGCGUGACUACCUGGUGGACGCGGCCACGCAGAUCCGGCUGGCCCUGGAGCGGGAUGUGAGUGAGGACUACGAGGCCGCCUUCAACCACUACCAGAACGGGGUGGACGUGCUGCUCCGUGGCGUGCACGUGGACCCCAACAAGGAGCGCUGCGAGGCUGUGAAGCUGAAAAUCGCCAAGUACCUGCGGCGGGCGGAGGAGAUCUUCAACUGCCACCUGCAGAGGCCCCUGGGCCACGGGGCCAGCCCCGGCACGGGCUUCAGCAGCCUGAGGCUCCGGCCCAUCCGCACGCUGAGCUCAGCCCCCGAACAGCUACGGGGCUGCAGGGUGGUCGGCGUCAUCGAGAAGGUGCAGCUGGUGCAAGACCCGGCGACUGGAGGGACCUUUGUUGUGAAGAGCCUGUCCAAGUGCCAUGUGGCCAGCCGGGAGCGGCCGACCAUCAUCCCGCACGGUGUGCCCUACAUGACCAAGCUGCUGCGCUACUUCAUGAGCGAGGACUCCAUCUUCCUGCAGCUGGAACACGUACCAGGAGGUGCCCUCUGGUCCCACUUGCUGUCCCGCGCGCGCCCGCAGCAGCCCGGGCUCGGACCCGACUCCAGCCUGGAGAGGAUGAAGACGCAGCUCGGCGCCCGCCUCCGCCUCCACACCCCCGCAGCGCUGCCCCCGCAACGCCUCCACCCGCCGGACCACCCCGCCCUGAAGCCUCUGCAGACCUGUGGGAGCCUUUGCCCCGCCCCGGGGGUCCCCGCCGCGACGCCCCUGAGAGGAACUGAAAGGGCCCCCUCGGCCAGGCCCGGCACCGCCUGCUCCUGGAACCUUCCAAAGACCCCAAGUGGCCGCCUGGGUGUGGCCGGCCGCCGGGGCCCUGGCCAGAGCUCGGACGCCACGGCGCCUCCUUGGGGGCUGUCUUGGGUUCGGGAGGGGGCUGGCCGGGUGCUGGGGGGCUGUGGCCGAGGUCGAGGUCACGGUCCCCCCUUGGCCGGGAAAGCCAGCUUGAGAAGCACUGGGGGCGCCUGGACGCUGAGAGAAGAGCAGGCCAAGCAGUGGGCAGCGGAGAUGCUGGUGGCCCUGGAGGCGCUGCACGCACAGGGGGUGCUCUGCCGGGACCUCAACCCCCGCAACCUGCUCCUGGACCAGGCCGGUCACAUCCGGCUCACGUACUUUGGCCAGUGGUCCGAGGUGGAGCCCCAGUGCUGCCGCGAGGCCUCGGACCACCUCUACAGUGCCCCAGAGGUGGGCGGGAUUUCUGAGCUGACCGAAGCGUGUGACUGGUGGAGCUUCGGGUCUCUGCUGUACGAGCUGCUGACCGGGACGGCGCUGUCCCAGAACCACCCCUCGGGAAUCCAGCCCCACACCCAGCUCCAGCUGCCCGAGUGGCUCAGUCGCCCAGCCGCCUCCUUGCUGGCAGGGCUGCUGCAGUUCGACCCCAGCCGGCGUCUCAGCGUUGACAAACUCAAGUCUCACCCCUUUUUCAGCACCAUCCAGUGGAGCAAGCUGGUGGGGGACGAGGGAAGGGGGUGACAGACCCCCCCACCUCUCAAUGCCUACCACCCAGAGCUGCCCCGCAUCUAUGGCCUCCAAAGUGACCAGAGCUGGACAAGUCCUGUCUGGCACUGCUGAGGGGCAGUGAGGACCGUCCUCUCCACCCACCCGCCAGCCCCCCUUACCGGUCUGCUGGCAGCUGGACUGGGCGCACCCCUGGACUGCGAACAGACCCCCCCACACACACUGACGGGUGCCUUCCAGGCUGGAGUGCCGGGCUGACCACGAGGUCUCAUGACUCUGCCUUUCCGGGGGCCCACUCGGGACACUGGACAUUCAUCUCAGGACACUGGCGCACUGGCCCCAAACCAGGCCUGUCCUGGCUGGUCACCUCUGCCAGAGGCUAUGCAGGAUGUGGCCACAGGGGACACAGGCACGUGGUGAGGUUGGGACAGGCCCAACUGUGCCACCUCCUGGCCCCACCAACCGACUUUGGUUAAAGGGGCGGUGUGUGUGUGAGGGGGGAAACACUUGAAAACAUCCCUUCUUCAGGGCACGGGACAGGAGCCAACCCUGCACCUUGGGGCGAGAGGUCUGAACCCCUGGUUAGGGCCCCGGGCAUCUCGCCCGUUUACCAUUGUGCAUGUGGGUCGGGCCCUGCAUUCACCGCCCACUGUGCUCUCCUUCCCUUUCGGAAGCUGAACCCACAGGGAGUGCCCACCCCAGCCUCCAGCCAGCAGGUUCCUGGCCUUUAAGAGCUUGGCAGGGCGGUCCCCUCCCUUCCCCUUAGGACUCACCACGCCACCCUGGAGGGGCAUCAAAACAAUUCCCGCCACACCAGGGCCCCCGACAGCCCUGGGAGAGGGGGUGCACAGAGGGAGGAAUUCUGAAUAACCCCACAGCCCCCCAUCCCGCCAAUAAAGCCUCUUGUGGCCUCUGG